GGCAACUCGUAAAGCAAGCGAUCCAUGAUGAACAUAUGCGGUAGUAGGAAGUGGUGAGGAGAGAAUACGAGUGCAGGCGGUUAAAGGGGACUGCAGGAUAUUUUAAUAUCCUUCAGAAUAAAUCGUCUUGAUAGCACAUGUCUAAAUAUAUCACUGCUAAAGAUGUCACCAGAUGAAUUAGUCUACCUAGGAAUCCUUGCCGCAUCAAUUCCUGUAGGAUUCCUCUUCCGCUACCUAAGUCCUCCAGUCAAGCAGGGGGCAGCAUUGCUGUUAGGUUUGAUAAUCUCGAUAGCAACCUGUGGGAUCCACACUCUACACUCUCUAUGUACAGUGUUAGGAACAUGGCUGAUUAUAAAGAUCAACUGGCGAAGUGCCCCUGCUCUGUCUUUGGGUUGGACGUUUCUGUACCUCCUCUUUUUCCGUCUGGUCACCUGGUUUGGCCUUCCUCAACCAACACCUUUUGCCAAUGCCAUUCAACUUCUUUUAACUUUGAAGAUGGUCAGUUUAGCCAAUGAGAUUCAAAGUUAUCACUUGGAGAAGAAAAAGGAAGUGAGCACCUUCACCAAAUCCCCAGUGGUGGGAGGACUUUCCCAUGAGCCUUCACUUUAUGACAUUAUAUCAUACAGCUACUGCUAUGUGGGCAUAAUGACAGGUCCCUUCUUCCGUUAUCAGACAUAUGCAGACUGGUUGCAACAGUCUAGUCCUCUGUCAUUGCCGGGUAAAGAGCCCUGCCUGCAGAGGCUGAAGAUGGUGCCCGUUUACGGAGCUCUCUUCAUAGCCGUCAACUCCGUCUUUCCCUUGUCCUAUGUCCGUACCGAUGAAUUCCUGGACCACAACUAUUUUUAUAGGUUUUUCUACAUGGUGGCAAUUUUCUUUGUAUUCCGGAUGCGUUUCUACUCUGCGUGGUGUGGGGCAGAGGCUGGCUGCAUCAGUGCAGGUCUAGGCUGUUACCCCCAGGGGGCGCUGUCCAAACCUGGAGGAGGGCCAACGGUGAAAUAUAGUCCUGAUCCAGACACAGUUGUGGAGUAUGACUUUAAAACGAUCCAGAACAUCGACUGUUAUAACACAGAUUUCUGUGUAAAGGUUCGGCAUGGCAUGCGCUACUGGAACAUGACGGUACAGUGGUGGCUUCACCACUACAUCUAUCCCAAUGCUCCUUUCAGAGCGUAUGCUCUCAGGGCUGGAUGGACUAUGUUAAUCAGUGCUUAUUGGCAUGGCCUCCAUGCUGGUUACUACCUCUCUUUUCUCACUAUCCCACUGUGUAUCGCAGCAGAAUCGGCCAUGGAGGCAUCAGUCAGAGCCCGUCUAGGGCCGACGGGCCAGAAUAUCUUCGACUGGAUCCACUGGUUCCUCAAGAUGAGGGCUUACGACUGCAUGUGCAUGGGUUUUGUUCUCCUGAAGGCCAGCGACACCAUCAAUUACUGGAGCUCCAUAUACUUCAUAAUUCACAUCAUUGCUGUUGUUUGUAUAGGAGUAGGACAAGUGAUGAAAGGAGGUAAAAAGAGAGAGAGAAAGGAUGGAGUGGAAGGAUUAAAAGAGGAUGUGGUAAGAGAGAAAGCUGAGUGAUGCCAUGAUCAUGCUGAUAACCGGAGAGAUGGUAUGUUUACAACAUGCACUGUAAUAGCCGUCAACUGCCAUUCGAGGUAUUUUGCUUUUUAUAAACCAACAUAGAUGUGUGAUACACAGUGAGCCCAAGGACAUCAGUCUGUAUUUUAUUAACAAUGAAAACUGCUUCAAAUAUUUUCCAUAAUUAUGAUGAUUCCAAUGUUAGCAUUUAUUUUUUUUACAUAUGUUGUCUUCUUUGUUAUCUGAUGAUAAACAGUGCAACCAUAUAGAUUCAUUCCUACCAGGUCAGUUUUGCUUUAAAUUGUAUUCUUUAUUUGCUUUAAACAAUUGGAAAGGAGGUUUGUAUUGUAUUUUAAUACAGUUUUUUGCUCAUCGGUGACCUUAGGACUCAAUUAAUCUCCCAUACAGAGUAUUUAUAACUGAAUCCAUCCAUAAAAAAAAUUAAAUAAUAAUGUUGGACCAGUAUC